GAUCUUUUUUUUUUUCAGUCUCAAAUCUGUUUUUUGAGUUUCAGAAUUUUGACCCUGAUGUGGCGUGGGGGGCGUGGCAUCAACUGAGCUGGGCGUGGAAUCAUGAGUGACAGCUGAACAAAAAGGCUUGGAACCUUCCCCAGUGACAGUGCCUUCAGGGAACGUAGGAACUAAAAUAAAUCUAACUCAACACUUAUAUACACCAUAUUCAUGUGAUUGGCAGUGUAAGAAUUGAUGCCAGUGACAAACUUCCAUUUAAAAAUCUGUUUUAGACAGUACUGAGCACCAAUUGCGGUAUAAGAGCGAUAAAUUAUGCCAGAUUUUGCAGUUCAACAGCCACAUUUUAAGUGCUGAUAUGUCCGAUUUCCACAUAGCACUGUGAACGUAGCGUAGUGUCCGCUUGGCUUGCAAAGAUGGCGUCCGGCCGGUCGGGUCAACCUGCUGGAGCCCAUACAUCCAACACACAGAUCUUUCCCUGGAUUUUUCACAAGGAAAAGUUACCUUGGAAAGCGAAAGAUACCGAGUCAAAAGACCUGUGGCACAGCAUCUAAAAAAUUCUGGAGGCCUUUUAGUUUCUAUGCAUACCUGUUAAACAUGAAUGCAGAGACGACCCCAACCUCAUCUGAGGAGAUUGAACAUGCCCAGGCAGGACUUGGAAAACGACAUCUCACCAUGUCCUGGGAUAUGAGCCAUGAAGAGUUCUUCAGCCUACUACAAAAUGAGUAUCCUAAGAUGCAGGGACUGACAGGAGGAUGGCUACUCUACAAGGCUACAGGUGGUCAGGGUAGAAGGAGACUGAUUAUGAUUCCUCCUGAUUCUGAUGGAUACACUGGGACCCUUAUUCGCACAGUUUCAGGGGCAGGAAAAAACACCCUGUAUAUUGUGCCUUUGCAACAUGAGUUUGACCUAACACCGCUACCUCCAGAUGCCAUUGAAUGCCAAAAGCACAAUGCCAAAUGUGCAAAGUGAGUUUUCCUUUGCCGAUUUUGGCCCUUCAUGUUCAGGAAUGCAUGGUGUCUCAGAUAGACUCAGCAUCAGAGGAUGUUGAGACAUGCCAAAGUGAGGUCCAGAUUAUUUCCAUGACAGCCCCCUCUGUGCACUGUGACCCAGAGACAUCCGUUGAAGAGAAACUUCCAUGUCUUAUCUGUUUCUUGAAAUUCACACCACAGUUCCUAGAGAUCCAUGUUAGCAUGUGUGGAGAAAGAAGAGAGGAAGAUUGUAAGUUCGCUGAGACACCUGCCAUGAGCCAGGACAAUGGAGUGGAGCAGAACAAAAGUGUUGAUGAUGUAUUGGGCAUCAUUUGUCAAAGAGUUGACACAGAGAAAUCGUUCAACAUCCAAAUCUCAAGAACAAACAUUCUGGAGAGAGGCAUUCUGCAGUGGCAACGUCAAAAGAAAAAUUCACCCACUGCUUCUCUGAAAGUGACCUUCUUUGGAGAGGCAGGAGUAGACACAAGUGCUCUCCGUAAGGAAUUUCUCACAGAAAUGGUGGCAGGAAUUGAGGGUCGUUUCUUUGAGGGACCACAGCAUCAGAAGAGCCCACGAUACUCUCUGACUGACUUAGACAGUGGCCUCUACAGGACUGUUGGAGAGAUUUUGGCUGUUAGUUUGGCACAAGGUGGCCCAGCCCCUGCCUUUUUCAGCCCAUGGACCUACAGUUACCUCUGUAGUGGGAAGAUAAACCCAACAGUUCUCAACAGUGAUGCAGUGGCUGAUGUCCAGUUGCGAGGGUUAAUUGAGCAGGUUGAGUUGUCGACUGACCAUUCAAUUAAAGACCUAACUGAUGAAAUCUUAAGUUGCGGAUAUACUGGAGCUGUCACAGUUCAAAACAAGGAGUCCAUUGUUCGGGCCAUAAUACUCCAUGCAGUGCUGAGGUUGCAGCCUAUGUUGGAACAACUAAUGGAAGGCCUGCAGCUGUAUGACCUUCUUUUGCUCAUCAGGCAGUACCCAGAUAUCUGCCAACCCCUGUUUGUUCCUGGAGAAGAUGUCAAGGUCAAUGCAGAGUUUGUCAUGGCAUCCAUUCUCCCUCAACUGAGUGACAAAGGGACUACCAGGCAUCAGGUUGAGCUGGAGAUGAUUAACUUUGUACAGGACUUCAUUUAUUAAGUUGAAGG